UGCUCAGCAAGUUUUCUUGACUUGCAUUCAAAAGGACAAUUCCACAACGACCAGUACGCCGACUGUCAUCGCCUCGCUACAGAUUGCAUUAACUCAACCACUCCUGCUGGAUGACUACGUCUGUAUAGAUGGACAGUAUGGCAUAGUCGAGGAAAUUCAAACCCAAUAUUUAGUGUUGAAAACAGAAAAGGAUAGCCGUAUUAUCAUCCCACUCACUCGCGUGAUCGACCAAUCGUUUGAAAACUAUACUCGUGGAGGAGACACCAUUGGGACCACGUUUCAGUUGUUC